AUGCAGCUGAUUGUCGUCUUUUUCGACCCUAUCGCCGCAGGUGUGACUUACCCGAACUGGGUCUACAAACCCGACUCCAGCCCCGGGAGCCGGCAGGUCCAGCUCUGGCACUUCAUCCUGGACCUGCUGCGGAGAGAGGAGUUCCGAGAGGUGAUUGCCUGGCAGGGCGAUUUCGGGGAGUUUGUCAUCAAGGACCCUGAAGAGGUGGCUCGUCUGUGGGGAGCGAGGAAGCGAAAGCCCCAGAUGAACUAUGAUAAACUCAGCAGGGCCCUAAGGUAUUACUACAGCAAGCGGAUCCUAAACAAGACCAAAAGCAAGAGGUUUACCUACAAGUUCAACUUCAGUGCCCUGAUUAUGGCAAAGUGGCCUGUGUGGGACCUGCGGAGCCCUCCCCAGCUCCUGCGAAUUCCUGGAGUCGUUCUGCCAGACCUCCCCCGGGCCAGAGGGGAUCAGAUGAAGGAAGUCGACAGGCUGGACGUGGGCGGGCCUUAUCCAGAGAUGCCUGGAACAGGCAAUUCCACGGAUGGCAACCAAUUGCAACAGCGGCAUGGCGGUAAGCGCCCUUUACUCAUAGAGCUUCCUUGGUCGGCGAAUCGGGAGCGACAGGUCUAA